AAACAACAAAAACUUUUUUGGAAAACAGAUUCUCUCCCACCAUGAGAGCGGAUGAACAAAUCAAUCAAUUUGUCGAAGGUCUUGGACCGGGCCAAUUGGUUGGCCGCCAGGUGCUGGGUGCCCCCUCACUGGGCGAUAUCCAACUAUCGCUAUGCUAUCAGAAAAAUUGCCUAGAAGUAGAGGUCAUUAGAGCAAGAGGUUUACAGCAAAAACCCACCUCGAAAAUGCUACCAGCCCCCUAUGUCAAAGUGUACUUGGUUUCGGGUAAAAAAUGCAUGGACAAAAUGAAAACUUCCACGGCUCGCCGAACGCUGGAGCCAUUGUAUCAACAGCAAUUGGUGUUCCAGAAUUGCAAUACCAAAGGCUGUAUAUUACAGGUUACCGUUUGGGGCGACUAUGGCCGCAUCGAAAAGAAAGUCUUUAUGGGCGUGGCCCAAAUAAUGCUCGAUCAUAUCGAUCUCUCCAAUGGCAUUGUGAUUGGCUGGUACAAACUAUUCGGCACCACCUCACUGAUGUCUGCCACUUAGCGACCUAAUAUUGGAUAAAAACAAAUCUAAUGAUUAUUAGCGACGAUGAUGAUGAUGAAAACUAUGAUGCUAAGGAUGGUGAUGAUGAUGAUGAUAAAAAGGCUUUACCCAAAAACCAUCAAUCUUGAGGCUCAUAUGGCGAUACCAUGUUUGAAACUGCAGCAGCAACAACAACGCAGAGGAUCAUUGAAUACGAAACGAAGAAAAUAUUUUUUCUUUUUAUUAAAUAUAUAUAGAUAAAAAGGAAAAUAUUGAGAGCAUUUCAAUACAUCUACAUACGAACAUACAAAACAUAAGCAAAAAAAAAAUAAAAGAAAAAAAUGAAAUUAAUCUAACAAAUCAGGACAUUUAAAGGUUUAAAACAACAACAACUCUAAGAAGAAGAACAAAAAAACGGCUUAAAAAAAUAAAACAAACAACAUGAAUGAAUCUUAAGAAAUUAAAAAAAAAUAAUAAAAAUAAAAAUUUUGAAGAAGUAAAAAAACAAGAAAAUUGCAUUUAAUACCACAAAUUAAAUUUAGUCAAAAAUCAACAACAACAACAACUUUGAAAAAAAACAAAAAUGAAAUGUAUGACAAAAAAAGAAACUACAAAAAAUAAAUCUUCAAACCAAAAAAAC